GUUAUUUUCUCUUUCUCUACUGUGCUUCCUCUGGGGAAAUGGCUUCCUCUGAAUCUCAGAAGCUGGAAGAGAAAUUAAUAUGCUGCAUUUGUCUGGAUAUAUUUACCACCCCUGUGACUGUGCCUUGUGGACACAGUUUUUGUGAGAAGUGCAUCAACAGCCACUGGGACAAAGAGGAACAAGGACUCAAUGGCCAAAAGAUCUACACUUGUCCUGAAUGCCGACAAUGCUUUCCAGAGAGACCCAAACUUAGCAAAACUGUCCUGCUUGAAAACCUGGUAGAGCUGCUGAAACAGGAAGAAGUCCUCCCAGGUGGCUCAGAAGGGGAGAUUAGGAAGGCAGCUGGUUCUCAGGCAAGGCAAUGCGCAAAUCAUGGCCGGCCCUUGGAGCUUUACUGCGUAACUGAGAAACGCUGCAUCUGCUGCGUGUGCACCGUGAGAAGCUGCCAAAAGCACCAGAGGGCUCUCUUUGAAGAGGGACGGAAAGCUCAAGAAGACUCAAUCAAGAAAACCCUGGAAGAAAAGCAAAAAGAGGCAAAAAGAAUCACAGCAGAAAUCCAGAAACUGGAGCAGCAGAUGAACCAUGUUUCAGUUUUCUCAAUGAAGUUCAAAUCAGGAAUUUUGCAAAAGUUUGAUCAUCUCACAGAAAUCCUAAAAGAAUGCCAGAAGAAGGUGUCGGAGAUGGUUACAAGUGAGCAUGCUGCUUUGCUAAAACAAAUGCAGGAGAACCGGAACUGCCUACAGCAUCAUUUGGAGACUGUCACGCAAUACAACAGGACAGCGGAAGGGCUGAUGGGCUCGGAGGAUGAUAUUGUGUUUCUUGAAGAGCAACAUCUCCUUUCUCCACCUACUAAACUGGAAGUUCCUCCAGUCAUUCAACUUGACUUGGAUAAGAAUGCAAAUACCGUCACCAAGUUCUUCACUGAAUUCUUCAGGCUUUUGGAGACACUUCAGUCAAAUCUUUUGAAUCCACAAAUGGGUGAUAGAAAAAUCAAACUUGAGCCAAAGGUAUUUGUGAAGAGGAUGUCUGAACCUUGUCUUUCAGAGAAUGAACUAAGGACAAAGCUUCUAAAGGAUCAGCAGAAUUUGACAUUUGAUCCAAUCACAGCCAACAAAUACCUGCAGAUAACUGAUAAUAAUCAGAAAGCAACUCAUCCCCAAGUUUUUCAAAAACCAAAGCCAAAUGACCCUCAAAGAUUUGAGCCAUGGCAAGUCAUGUGUACUCAGAACUUCAGCCAAGGCACUUGCUACUGGGAAGUAGAGUUAUCCGACCACUCCGUCAUUGUUGGCGUAGCAUGCAAAACAUUCACCAGAUUGAAACAGGCUCAUCAGAAGUUCACCAUUGGGUUGGAUAAACUCUCCUGGGGCCUGCAUAUCCAAGAAGACAGCUACAUGGCUUGGUACAAUGACAAGUCUACAAAGAUAAAAGAACCUCUUUGCAAAUUCAUUGGAGUUCUAUUGGAUUGUGAUCAAGGAACGAUAUCCUUUUACAGCAUAGAAAACAAUAUGAAAUGCCUCCAUGUUUUUCACACCACCUUUACGGAGCCUCUGGUCCCCAUUUUCUGGCUUUGCGAAGGUACAGCUGUGACACUUUGCCAAAGGCCACCCAGCCAGAUUAUAAUUGAUGAGAGAUCACCUGAUUUACAGGUGUAGGCAAAGACUGCCCCUAUGGAAAAACUCUGAGCAAGCAAAUAAAUCUUGAACGUUGAAAAAAAAAAUGGCUACUUGGCUGUAUAGACAAUUCUUUCUGUCUUUUAUAGCUCUCUUGUGAAUUGUAAAUCCACCUUGCCCUUCCAGGUAAAGAUGCAGUUAGAUGUUUAUACAGCACAAAAUCUGAUGCACAUAUUUUUGUGGCUGCAUAAAGCUUUGUGGCAAACUACAAAAAUUAAGGAAUGAAUAUCAAUAAAGAGGUAGUGUAAACAAAAAAAUAAUUACCAGUAAUUUUUAAUUGGGAAAUUGCCACAGCCAAUAAAAGAAUCAAGUUGGACAGAAAGGAAAUGCACAGUAAUGUUUACCCUGGACAGAUCACUGUUCACAAGCUCUCUGUAGUCACUUCAUUGUGAAGGUAUGUUGUAAAACAGUUAAGUACUAUAUAUAUAGUUUCUCAUAUGUGUGACUGGAUACUAACAUGUUCUUAAGAAUUCAUAUUCCAGAAAGCAAUUUUUAAAAUUUAUUUUGUACCCUUUUUUUCCUAUUAGAAGAGACUUUGGUAGAGCAUUUUACUAAAGAAUGAAGCCAGUCUUCAACAUUAAAAGCAUUAAUGUUUUAUUUUUUUUUAAAGUAGUUUAUAAGGAAAUCUAGAUCUAGAACAGGUUUUGUUUUCCUAAGUUCAUGAAAAUUUGCAGGGAAAUAAAGCUUAUUUUUAGAUGUUUAAUAACGUCUAAAACUAG